CCGGCGUGUUUCACGGUGUUCGGGGGAAUGAUGGAUUUGGUUCCAGAUCGCAGUCGCCUCUCUUGCUUUGAGGAGAGUGCCGGGUCGGGUCGGUGUUCGGGGCCACGCUGGGGUCCGGGUCUGGCUGCUCGUGCCCCGAUUUUGUCCUGGUUUGAAUUGUUUUCCCUCUUUUGGUUUCUCCGCUUGCUUCCCUUGUGUCUGUAAAGAAUUGCGUGGAGGGCCUGGCAGACCAUUGCAAUUUUUGAUGUUUCUGUGUCUCGAGGAGGGGGUUGCGGUGCUGCGGUUUGAUCUGGUGCGCUCAGUGCGCCCCGAGUCUGCUAAAGGAGGAGGAGGAGGUAGGCGGAAGGAGUUGGUGCCGUGCGGAGGGGAUCCUGAAACGGGGAUGCACUAGGAAUGACAGGGUAUCAUGCUGAGGGCGUCUGGCCGAUACGGGCGUAGGUAGUUUCACGGGCGAAGCUGCUGGAGGAGGUCGCUGAGCAUAGGGCGCGCCUUGGGUUGGUUGCAGUUGUUGCGAGUGGGGUUGAGGGUUCUCCGUUUACGGGGUGAAGAGCAGGGCAGGUCGCAGCGGGAGGGCUCGGACGCGGGGCGCGAUGGAGGGUCUGGGCAAGGGCUACGAUGCGUUUGUGGAACGGCUGCAGUCGGAAUUUGGUGCGACGAGCGUGGGCAAGGGGUCUGGGAGCUCUUCCACGAGCAAUAUUGCCGCGCACCCUCCGCAUCCUUCCCAGUCUCAGCUCCACCAGUCGCGCUAUGUCGGGUAUCCGUCGACCUCUCACCCGUUCACGGUGAAGAGGGAGACGUCUCCGUCCGUGUCGGAGACGUCGAUGAGAUCGCGAGAGUCUUAUUCGCUGGAGGUGAACAUGCAAGACGCUGUGACCUCGGCCAGUCCUGCAAGCAUUUCGGGGUCGGGGCAGCCCCCGCGGAUGCCCAGCCCGGGGCACAAUUUUAGCACAGAUGUGAACCAGAUGCCGGACACUCCUCCCCGACGAAGAGGGCACCGCCGUGCGCAGUCGGAAAUCGCAUUCCGGCUUCCAGACGAUGCGUCCUUCGAGAGCGAGCUGGGCGUGCACGGAUCCGAAAUGCCGACACUUUCUGACGAUGGCGCGGAGGAUCUGUUUUCGAUGUACAUUGACAUGGAGCAGAUAAACAACAUGAGUGGGACAUCGGGGCAAGCGGGUGCGAAAGCGGGUGGUGAAGGGAGCAAUGCACCCGCUCCCUCCGCCCAUCAUGCGAGGAGUUUGUCCGCGGAUGGGAGUCUGGGGAACUUGGCGGGCAACAGGACGGGCGUGGGCGUGGGCGGGGGCGGGGGCAACAAUUCGGCGCCAUCGGAGGCUCGAAGGCCGCGGCACGGGCACAGCAGCUCGAUGGACGGAUCGACUUCUUUCAGGCACGAUCUGUUGUCGGGCGAUUUCGAGGGGGAUACGAAGAAAGUGAUGGCGUCUGCAAAGCUUUCGGAGAUAGCGCUGAUUGAUCCCAAGCGCGCGAAGAGGAUUUUGGCGAAUCGGCAAUCGGCAGCACGUUCCAAGGAACGGAAGAUGCGUUACAUCUCAGAACUUGAGCGCAAGGUGCAGGGUUUGCAGACGGAAGCCACAACGCUUUCCACGCAGCUCGCAAUGUUGCAGAAGGAUACAACGGGGCUGGCAACGGAGAACAACGAGCUGAAGCUGCGGCUGCAGGCUAUGGAGCAACAAGCUCAUCUACGCGACGCUUUGAACGAAGCAUUGCGAGAGGAGGUCCAGCGGCUGAAGGUAGCAACGGGGCAAAUCAGCAACGGGAGCGUGCAGAAUUUGAGCAUGGGCGGGCAGCAUCUGUUCCAGAUGCAAAACCAAGCGUUCAAUUCGCAACAGUUGCAGCAAGCGCAAUCGGGUCUGAACAACCCCGCGCAGCAGCAGCAGCAGGCUUCGCAGGAGCAGAUGCAUUCCGAGUACAUGCAGCGCGGCGCAUACAAUCUUUCGAGCGGUUUCAUCAAGAACGAGGGACCGAGCAUUGCGGUGAAGCAUGCGAGCAGUGCGUCUUUUGGAUGAGGGGCGCGGUGGAAAGCGAGAGACGAUUUGAAGGGAAGAUAUCUGGAGAAGGCAGGUCGAGGGUGUUAUUCUUGGUCGUCGCAUGAUGUGUUGGCUGCGACACACCUGAGGGGUUCGUUGAUUGGAAUCCUCCCAGAAACGCUGCAAACCGACGGCGUGGAAGGUGAUACUCUGAAGGCGCGGGGAUGAACCUUGCCGAGUGGCUUUGGUCCAGUGGGUUUCGUUGUGCUAGGUGAAGCUUGUGAAGCCGAGGUUACGUCCACAAUGAGGUGAGAGGCAGAGCACGGGCUGACGUUUGCGGGAUGCGAACGACGAGAACGGGGUGGGUUGCGGGCAUCUCUGCCGGUGCAGGGUGCGAUAAUUUGGUGAAGGUCUCGGAGGCGCCAGGGCUGCAUGCUAUUUUUCGGGCCGUAUUGAAUCUGUGACCCACGGAGGUCCUGUUCAGAGAAAGUGGUACUGUAGUGUGGUCAUGAAGGCGUCUUAUACGUUUUUAUCUGUGUCUGUACACAGUUGUGAAGCUGGUUGUGGGUAGCUGUAGAUUGGAAGACAUGAUACAUGGACUAUGUUAUCGAGGGUCCACCUGAAGAGGAUAAUAUAUUCAUUGAUGUUGUGGAUUGACAAGCCGCCUUGUGACGGGA